AUGAAACUUCAUUCGACAGCUUUGAGCGCUGAAAGAAAGAAGUUGCAAAAUGAAUUGAUGAUGUGCAUGAUCCUUCAGGCAUUACUACCGUUGAUUUUCUCAACGAUUCCAAUGCUGGCAUUCAUAACGAUGAUGAUUGCGCCAAAAGAGAUCGAUUUUUAUGGAACGAUUAUAUUGGCAUUUCUGAACUGGCAGCCGUGCAUCUAUCCGAUGAUAUCGCUGAUAUCGAUAAGACCAUUUCGACGUGAAAUCAGCAAACUUUUCAAGAAGCAGAAUACAGUUGUCGUUGUCAGGAAUACUCAGUGGUCGGUACCGAAAUUGUUUUCAGUAAUGAAAGCAACACAUUAA